AUGUGUCUACCAACUAUUAUAUAGUACUCUCCCAAGUGCUUAGAACAGUGCUCUGCACACAGUAAUCAUCAUACAAUUGAUGGAAGGUUUGACUGGUAAGUGGCAGAGAGAUCUCAGAGAACAAGGAGGAAAGUUCACCUCAAGUUUUAGUUUUAAAAAAGCUUGAAAUAAGUUUAGUUUAAUAGAGAUUUUUCACCUUCCAGUACUUUCUUGAAUUUUAACUUUCAGGAUAUACUAUUUCAAUUGUUUUAGAACCAUCUUUCUCCUAACCCCAUAUUUUCCAUAGAAAUAACAAAUGACAACACUGGAAUAUAACUUCUUUGUUCUGUAUAAAUACUCUUGCUGUAACUGGCCAUUUAAGUAAAAUAAAAUGUUACUUAAAGGGUUGAAUUAUUAUGAAAUGAAAUGUUAAUUCUCGAAAGUAUAUUGACCAUCCCUGUACAUUGCUCUUCUCUUUAGAAUUUUAAAAGUGAAUGUUCUAGAGAAAGUCAUAAAAUAGGCACUGAAUUCUGAAUGUCUUACCUUUUCGAUGAACAUUUAAGAUGAGAUAUUUGAGAGGAAGAGGUAUGGUUUCAACAUUUUUUCAACUGUUUUCCCUUGCCACAGGUAUCCAUUUCUUCAGGUAAAUAAUCACCUUUGAAGAAAAUAUGGAUUUCUUAAACUCAACUGAACAAAAUAUUACAUCAGAAGAACUGUUAAACAGAAUGACAGCCAAGAUUCUAAUCUCACUGACUCUUUCAGUAUUGGCAAUGAUGACAACAGCCAUCAAUUCCCUUGUGAUUACUGCAAUAAUAGUCACCAGGAAGCUGCAUCAUCCUGCCAAUUAUUUAAUCUGCUCCCUUGCAGUCACGGAUUUCCUAGUUGCCAUCCUGGUGAUGCCCUUCAGCAUUAUCUAUAUUGUUAAAGAAACUUGGAUUAUGGGACAAGUGGUAUGUGACAUUUGGUUGAGUGUUGACAUUACGUGCUGUACAUGCUCUAUCUUACAUCUCUCUGCAAUAGCCUUGGAUCGAUAUCGAGCAAUUACCAAUGCCGUGGAGUAUGCCAGGAAGAGGACACCAAAACGUGCUGGCAUUAUGAUAGCUGUGGUAUGGAUCAUAUCCAUUUUUAUCUCGAUGCCUCCUUUGUUCUGGCGCCAUCAAGGAACCAGCCGAGAUGAUGAAUGCAUCAUUAAGCAUGACCAUAUUGUGUCCACUAUAUACUCCACCUUCGGAGCCUUUUACAUCCCACUGGCAUUAAUCCUAAUUCUGUAUUACAAAAUCUAUAGGGCCGCAAAAACACUGUACCACAAGAGGAAUGCUAGUCGCAUAGCAAAAGAAGAGCUCAAUGGGCAGGUUCUCUUGGAAAGUGGUGAAAAAAAUGCUAGACUAGUCUCCACCCAAUACAUGCCAGAGAAGUCCUUAUCUGAUCCUUCCACGGACUUUGAUAAGAUUCAUAUCACGGUGAAAAGCCCCAAAUCUGAAUUCAGGCAUGAGAAAUCUUGGAAAAAGCAAAAAAUCUCCAGCACAAGAGAACGCAAAGCAGCAACUACUCUGGGUUUAAUCUUGGGUGCAUUUGUGAUCUGCUGGCUUCCUUUUUUUGUAAAGGAAGUGGUUGUUAAUGUCUGUGAAAAAUGCCAAAUUUCAGAAGAAAUGUCUAACUUUCUGACCUGGCUUGGAUAUCUCAAUUCCCUUAUUAACCCACUGAUCUACACAAUCUUUAAUGAAGAUUUUAAGAAAGCAUUCCAGAAACUUGUGAGGUGUAGACACUACAUUUGAGAAAGUAUUUUAUUGAAAAUGGAUUUUAAAAAGUGGCUUAACAAAACAAAAAAGUGUAUAUGUAUAUAGAGCUGCAUUUGUAUACAAGUUAUGUCUAAGAGAAGAUUUGGAGGUUGUUAAAGUUUUGAGCAUAUACUUUUUGUAAUAGCAAUUUGAAAAGCAGAUUUGAUUUAAGAAUGUCUCUUUUGAUUAAUAUUUUAAAGCAUUUGGUAUUGGGAAAAGGUUCUAAACAGGGUAAAAAUAGCAAGAUACAUGAAAUGCUAACUGUAAAAGAGAAGCUAUUUUGUUGUAUGAAUAACAGAGGUCUUCAGCUGUACAGAGCUGCAGCACUGUUGAGGAAACUUUCAUUUGCUUAAAACUAGCCAGCAUACACAUAUAUUUCCAAGUGAGACUAAAAAGGGGGCUUUAAAAAUUACAACUCUUGAUUUCUUGGAUUAUGUCAUAAUCAGUGGUGUACCUGUAAAAUUAGAUUUUUCAAAGGAGUCCUAAGAGGAGAUGUUAAUGCUCCUCCCUUCCCCGGACCUGCAUUUGCUCCCAUGGCAAAAACAGGUUAUAAAACAGUCCCAAUUUGCAGGAAGAUGUCAUCUAACUUUCAGUUUUUCUUCCCUGAAGGCUCCUUCUCUCUGAAGGGAUGCUUGGACUCAGUAUACUAUCCUGAAUAGAAUGCACUCACAAAGCAGUAGAUUAAAAAAUCAGUAAAUAAGCAUUUAACCAAAGGAAAGAUGAAGGAUUAUUUUUGUUGAUAUAAAUGUUGAGAACUAAUUUCUUUUCAUUUUACAGAAGCACCACUCUAGACUGUAAACUCUCUGUGGGUAGGGAACAUGUCUACCAAUU